GCCACCAAUAGGCGGCACUGUGGCGCUGCAGCUGCAGUGCUGCUGUCUGCGGCGCACAGCUGGACCGGCUGCGCACAGCUGUCGGCGCUCCGCAGCCACAACUUCUCUGCGGCGCCGCGUCCGUCGCAGCGGAACCAAAAAACCCUUCGGCGCUGCCGGUGAUGUAACGUCCGCGAGCCGCCGCCGAGCAUGACGGGACCCGAACAACUCUGAGAGAGCGACAAGCACAGGACUCAAACCACAGCAAGAAAAACGAGGGAUAAAGGAAGGAUGGAGUCGGGAUCUUCAGAGCAGUCGGCCACAGUGGAUGAGCUGUUGGAAUCGUGCAUCCAGGCCUUCGACAAGAAGGGCACUUUGAAGAAUGCUUCCUUAGUUCGCAUGUUUCUCAUGAUGCAUCCUUGGUAUAUACCCUCAACUGAAUUGGCCAAGAAGCUCGUAAUCAAAUCUCAAGAGGAGAGCUGCACCCCUGAGCUCCGAACAAAAAUAUGCCACCUCGUCAAGUAUUGGAUCUCUGAAUUUCCGGCAGAGUUCACGCUGUGUCCAGAACUGGCGGAUCAGAUCAAAGGCUUCAAAGACCUCUUGACCACCGAAGGGAACGAGAGCCAGAGUCAGCUCAUCGACAUAGACAGCGUGCCGUCAUACCAAUGGAAGCGGCAGGUGACUCAGCGCGUUCCAUCUGUGUCCAAGAAGAGAAAAAUGUCUCUCCUCUUCGAUCACCUUGACUCCUGCGAGCUGGCUGAACACCUCACCUACCUGGAGUACAAAUCGUUCUGCAAGAUCCUGUUUCAGGACUACCACAGCUUCGUGAUGCAUGGCUGCACGGUGGAUAACCCCAUCCUGGAGCGCUUCAUCACGCUCUUCAACAGCGUCUCGCAGUGGAUCCAGCUCAUGGUGCUCAGCAAGCCCACCGCCCCGCAGCGAGCUGUUGUCAUUUCUCACUUCAUCAGAGUGGCGCAGAAGCUGCUACAGCUGCAGAACUUCAACACUCUGAUGGCGGUAGUCGGUGGCCUCAGCAACAGCUCCAUCUCUCGUCUCAAAGACACGCAGACCCACAUCAGUGCUGAAACCAACAAGAUUUUUAACAGCCUGAUCGAACUGGUGACAUCAUGUGGGAACUACAGCCAUUACCGCAAGCGCUUCUCUGAGUGCUUGGGCUUCCGCUUCCCGAUCCUCGGCGUUCACCUGAAAGACCUGAUCGCUGUGCAUGUGGCUCUGCCAGACUGGGUCGAUAAAGAGAAGACCCAGGUCAACCUGACCAAAACCCAGCAGCUCUAUGCCAUCCUUCAAGAGCUGGCGCUGAUCCAGACUACACCGCCUAACGUUGAUGCCAACACAGACCUACUCAACCUGCUUACGGUUUCUCUGGAUCAGUAUCACACUGAGGAGGAGAUCUACCAGAUAUCUCUGCAGAGAGAACCUCGAAAGCUAGCGAACUCCAGCUCUGCCCCAGUGUCUGAACCAAAGUCCAUGAUGAUUGAUGAGUGGGCUGUGUCGGUGAAGCCCAACACUGACCCUACGAUCAUCAAGAAACACAUCGAGAAGAUGGUGGAGUCCGUCUUCAAGAAUUUUGACACGGAUGGUGAUGGCCACAUCUCCAGGGAUGAAUUCGAAGCAAUCAGAAACAACUUCCCAUACCUCAGCAAGUUCGGAGAACUGGACAAGAACCAAGAUGGGAAGAUCAGCAGAGAAGAGAUGAUAGACUACUUUAUGAAAGCCAGCUCGCUGCUUAACUGCAAGAUGGGUUUCAUCCACACUUUCACUGAGACCACCUACUUCAGACCAACCUUCUGUGAGCACUGCGCCGGACUUAUAUGGGGCUUCUACAAACAAGGCUACAAGUGUAAAGCCUGCGGAGUGAACUGCCACAAGGCAUGUCGGGGCCGCUUGGCAGUCGAGUGCCGGAAGAGGGCGAAGAGCAUCAGCCACGAGACGCCGCCGGCUCUCCAGGCCAGAUCCUACAGCUUCCCCCCACCCGCCAGCACCCCACCCAGCCUGCAGAACACAGUCAUCGCCGAAGAGGAUAUCGAGACUGUGGAGGAAGGAGUGUUUGAUGUCCAUCUAUAACCAGCAUCCAGACCCCUACAGUUGGUGUCCAAGAAGCCAAAUGAGAGACUGGUGGGUGGGAGCCCGUAAUGAGCUUCAGUGUUGUGAUUUCAUUACCCUCAACAGCGGAAGAUCAGCAAGCCAAGAUACCUACAUGCUGCCACCCAGUGGACACCUACUGCAACAACACCUUUUCAGAUGAAACAUGAAUGUGACAGGGAAAAAAAAAAGUGAAUAGAAUGUGUUUGUAAAAUUUCUUUGUUGAAAUCUCUGCAUUUUGAUUACACGUUGGCCAAGAGUGUUACUGUUAAAUAUGACUAUAUAUUAAACUCAUCCAGAAAAUUGUAUUCUUAAUGAAAUACUGAGAUUAGCCGCAUCCAUAUUUUGAGUGCCGCCGAUGGCGACUUUUCUUUGAAAUGCAAAAGAGGUGCUGUUGUUGCCAAGAAUGUAAACCCGCCGCCCAGACUAAACCUCUGCCGUUUCUCGUUUGUGUUGCCAGUGGAACACCAAUUUUAACGUCAAAUGAAAAGAAACAAACAAAUAUAUAUUGUUGACUUAAGUUGCCUAUACGAAGUGUUAAAAAAAUACAGCUGAAAUGACUGGAGGGAAAUAAUUUUAACAAAGUUAUAUUUUUGUCAUGUUUAUUGCAAUAUAAAUAACGUGGGACUGUGGUGGUGUUUCCUCGCGGUGCACUGAUCGAUUUUGUCCUCCAGUACUGUAGACGUAGCAGACAAGCUGCCCUCAACGUUUCCUGAGAAUCUAUUUUGAUGCAAGUUGUAUCUUGAUGUUUUAUCUUGCAUGCUUCUAUUAAAGAAUGUUUUUUAAACUUAAGUGUAGCAUGCAAAGUUGUAAUUUAGCGGAAGUCUUGAAAUUCCACGUUCUUGUGGUGAGAUCAAUUAAGCCACAUUGUUAAAGGACAUGUUGACUUUUCUUUUCUUACAGCCUUCAUCAUUAAAAAAAUAUUGUUCGCAAUCAAGCCUCUUAUUCGAACCAUCUUGUGGGAGAGGAAUCCCUUUUCUUAGAAAUUAUUCAAAAUGCAUUGAUAUCAAAAUAAUACAUGAUAUGACUUGGUUUAGCUAGUGGCGAACAAGUGCUAGCUUACCAGAGAGGUUUGCAAAAUGUUUUAUGUUGUACCCGUUUUAUUUAUGUGGCCUGCUUUUGGGUUUGAUGCUGUUGUUUACAGUUUUGCAUGUUCAAUAUGUUAUUAAUAAAACAAACAAAACAAAAAGGACUCAAAGCAAGAGUCAUGGUUUCAAACUAUAUAAAAAAAAUUCUGUUCUCAGGAGAAUUGGUAGUUUAAAUUUUUUAGUUGCAACCAAAAAUAUAUACAGGUUAUAACAUUCUAGGUAAGGCUGUGUAACAUAACAUGCAGAUGUUCU